AUGUCACAAGCAGAACCACAAGUACCCCACGUGGUGUUCUUGGCCAUCCCUGGACUUGGCCACAUCAAACCCAUGCUCAAGCUAGCAGAGCUUCUCAGCCAUGCCAGUUUCCAAGUCACCUUCAUAAACAUGCAACACAUCCAUGAUCGUCUCCUCUCCACCGACUUGCUGGCACUCUACCCUGAGUUUCAGUUCUUGACGAUCCCAGAUGUUGUACCACGUGAUCGUCCACGCUCGGGCACUAUGAGUCUGGGUGAUUUUUUAUUGGCUACAGGUCCUGUGAUCAAGCCAGCGCUCCGUCAGCUUUUGAUUUCCCUUCGCAAGAAAAAGGGACGGUGGCAGCCCGCUACGUGCAUUAUAGAAGAUGGGAUAUUGUCUUCUUCUGUUAUUGAUGUUGCAGAGGAAUUUCAGGUUCCUGUCUUCGCUUUCCGUCCAUCGAGUGCUUGUUGCAUCUGGACUUACUUCCAUGUACCUAAGCUCGUUGAAGAAGGGGAUGUUCCAGUGGUACAAGAUAAGGACAUGGACAAGCCAGUCACUUGCAUUCCAGGACUAGAGAAUGUUGUUCGACGUCAAGAUCUUCCCGGAAAUUUCAGGAUUGAGAGAGCUCAUGAUCCAGGCUUGGAAUUCUUUAUCAACGACCAAACCUUAGUCAUGCCACGAGCAUUUGCGUUGAUAAUCAACACUUUUGAUGGACUUGAAGGACCCAUGAUAUCUAAACUGGGUGCUGUUUUUAACAAAAUAUACACUGUCGGUCCUUUACAUGGUCUCUCCAAUGCCUGCACGAAGGACCUAACAACUUCAGCAUCAAGCAACAGUAUUCUCUGGAAAGAAGAUAGAGGUUGCAUAUCUUGGCUUGAUUCUCAGCCGUCAAGAUCAGUUGUUUUUGUUAGCUUUGGGAGUGUAAUAGGCUUGACACGAGACAAAAUGCUUGAGUUCGGACAUGGCUUGGUGAAUAGUGGUUAUCCAUUUUUGUGGGUCAUUCGACCAGACUCAAUUACAGGAGAGCCUGAUCCAAGCCUGAUCCUAGGGGAGCUGAAAGCCAUGAUAGAAGACAACAAAGGAUUGAUGGUGAGUUGGGCUCCUCAAGAAGAGGUCUUGGCUCACCCAGCUGUCGGUGUGUUCUUAACCCACAGCGGAUGGAACUCGACCUUGGAGAGUGUAUAUGCAGGUGUACCCAUGAUUUGUUGGCCUGCAAUUGGUGACCAACAAAUCAACAGCAGGUUCGUGAGUGAUGUGUGGAAAAUCGGUCUUGACAUGAAAGAUACCUGUGACAGAUCAACGAUUGAGAAAAUGGUGAGAAGCCUGAUGGAGGAUAAAAGAGAAGAGAUCAUGAAAUCAGUGAAUGAGAUUAAGAAGCUGGCUCAUGAAACUGUCAAGGAGGGGGGCUCUUCUUUCUCCAACCUUGAGAAAUUGAUUGAUGACAUUUGGUCUAUGAGUCAUUUUGCUCGGAAGGAAAGAAGUGAUAGAAGGCAUUAGCAUUUCACCAAUUAUAAAACAAUGUAUCCUAAAUAAUAAACGUUAGUAGGCAUCCUAUAAAUAUUGUCCAAAUCUAUAUCAACAAAACUCUCGAUUGCCAUAUCUCAGCUAUGAAUCACGUAAAUCUGAGGGAGAUCAGAGGAUGGCCUGAAACGGCUGAGGAAGAAGAGAGGAAGAAGACAGCACCGAGGGAGGCGGCCCAGACGUGCAUGAGUCAUUUUGCUCGAAA